ACGCGCGGGGCGCCGCCUCCGUGGUUCACGCGACCGGCCGCCUCUCGACUCGAGGACAGCGCGCGCAGCCGCCGAGCCUCGGGCCCGGUAUGCACCUGCGGCUGGCUCCCUCGAUACGGCGCUGCUGCUGCUGCUGCCUGCCACUCCCGGACACUCUCCCUCCAACUACCCUCCGCUCACGCUUGACCCACGACCCGGCGAUCUGACGGGCCAGUCGCAUCCAUCGGGCAUCGAAAGCGUUGUUGCCGAGCUGCUGCGCUCACUUGACGCCGAGGAUGUGACGCUGCGGGACAAUGUACGGCGCACUGGGAAUCUUUCGGUGGAAGGGCCUGGACCGCUGCUAUCUGGCCGCUACCACCACGCCUUCUCUGGGCAGUGGCGGUUCAUCAUCGCAGCAUCAGGGCUGCAAGAUGCCGGACUCACCUCAGGACAUCAAACCUCUGAGCCCGACGCAGUUGCCCAAAGUCUCCUCUAUGCAAGGCGUCAACGGAACUCAUUCUCCUCCUUGCAACGCGGGCAACACGGUGCCCGUGUGCGCGAAUCCGGCGGCGGUGCGGUCCUUGUCACCGCCAUCAGACUCUAACCACGGGUCCGGUUCUACCGGCGUGUCUUCGUCGACCGCCGCAUCCAACGUGUCCGCUAGCUCGGCCAACAUCGCUUCUGUUAGCGGCCUCGUGGAGGCCCCUACGGGGGUCGUGCUCGGAGCACGGCAGCUGAGCAAAGUGAAAAGGUUCCUGACCACUCUGCAACAAUUUGCGAGCGACGUGUCGCCUGACGUCGGAGAGCGGGUUCACGGCCUCAUUCUGGGACUUGUGAGCUCCACGAUAUCCAUCGAAGACUUCCAUCACAGCAUCCAAGACAUCACGAAUUACCCGUUACGCCCCUUCGUGGUUCCAUUCCUCAAGUCGCACCUGCCGUUGCUGCAGACCGAGCUGGUGCACUAUGCGCGAGCCGCCAAGCAGAGCCCCGCCCAGUAUUUGCGGCAGCACGAGCAGCUGGUGCUGGACCAGCCGGGCGGAGAGCCGUUCGAGAUCUUUCAGCCGGACGCCAAGGAAGGCGCCCCCCUCAAGCGGAGGACGCCCCCGGACGGUCGGCCGAAGGAGAACGGACACGCGGCGUCAGCGGUGGGCGCAGCGGUGGUGCUGGAGGAAGGUGGCCCACCGGCGGCCAAGCGCCACCAGCCCCUCUCAGCGAGCCCCGGAACAGCGAGGCUCAGCCCCGGAGUCGGUGCGCACGCCGCCCACCCGCCACCCACGGCGUUCCGCUUUGAGGAAGCAUCGACGCCGCUAUUCCGGGACCGCUACGAUCGCUACGAUCGCCUUGACAGGGACUUCUAUAGGCCUUGCUACGGAAUGCUGCAUAGGGAUUACCCCGAGGAUCGGGACAUGGAGGACGAAUGGAAGAACAUCAACACCAUGCUGAACUGCAUACUGGGCAUGGUUGAGAAGACCAAGCGCGCCAUCGCCAUUCUGCAACACCGCAGCCAAACGGAGCGGCCCGAUUUCUCGGCGUCCGUGUGGACGGGCAGUCGGCGCCACCUGGACGUCGACUACGAUCUCAAGAAACGGGACCUCAUGGCGCACUACAAGUCAGCCGCCGAGAUCGACAGGGUCUCCGAGGUCCGGCGUCGCGCAGAGGAGGCGGUGAACGAGGUCAAGCGACAGGCCGUGGCCGAGCUACAGAAGGCCGUGUCGGCGGCCGAAUCCAAGGCCAGCGAGCUGGUGGCAGCCGAGCGCACCAAGAUGGAGCGGCUGCUGGGCGAGGCGCGACGCCAGGCCGCCGAGGAGGCACUGGCCGCCGUCAACCACCAGGAGGACUCGACCGAGCAGAACUGCUGGAACUGCGGACGCAAGGCGAACGAGACGUGCAGCGGCUGCAACGUGGCGCGCUACUGCGGCGCCUUCUGCCAGCACAAGGACUGGGAGAACCACCACCGCGUGUGCGGCCAGCCGUCCUCCAGCCCCAGCAGCAGCGGCGGAGGCCCCGUCGGCAAGCGCAGUCCCACGCCACCCCGCAGGCUAGAAGGCAAGGUGGACUCACGCCACUAACUGCGCUGAUGCCAUCGUCGCCAUCUCCAGCACCGGCCGCCGACCACAGGGGGCGCCAUCGACAUUCUCGCAAGAGGUGCACGUGCGUAAAGGCACCGCAGUGGACAGGUUGCUGUGAAGGAGCACGUCGUCCGUGAACGUACAACUGAGUGGACUGCGGUUGUUCACGGCCCGGUAGUAACUACGUUCGACAUAUCUACGGCUCCUGCGAGCUCAGGAAAUAGCCUUGCGGUGCUCGCACACUGGCCACCCCUGCAGCACGUUCGUGAUUAUACCUUUGUUUCAGAGGUUAAGGACGGCCCUGUUCUUGUUUGCAUCAUUAUAGGACGCAACUCAUCAUAUUCCUCGCUUCGCCAGAGUGCUACGAACUCAAAGCACCACAGAGACACUUGUUUCCUGGCGUCCGCGCUUGUGUUGCGGAAGACGCAGUACACUACUGCACUAUGUCUGCUGAAUCUCAUUUUUUGUGGUCUUGUGUUCUGAAAGGCCCACGCUAUGUUCGCCACUAGUGUAUGUUAUUUGUCUCAGAAAGGUUUUUUUUUUGUUCGAACCAAACCAGGAGAUAUUUUCUGUGGACUAUAACUGAGGUCGUGUCUGCUGUGAUGCAGAAAGUGGUUGCGGCAAGAGAUAAUAUCCGUUUGGGAGCAGCCAUAGCGCACCUUCUGUAUCGACGCGUAGUUGACUGAGUCGUUUCCGUCAUCUUGUUGCAACCUCCACCGUUAGCCAGGCGGAGAAACCGCAAGAAACCGUGUGGCGCCGUUGCAUGUGUAGCAGUGAGAUUUCUGUAGUGAUGUUGUCGUGAAUGCAUCAAGCGUGCUAGCUCGCACACGCACACAUCCACACGUGCACUUGCCCAGCGUUGCCCCUUGUUGGCGUUGCCACUCUAAACGCUGGAAAAUUAGAGGCGGGAGGCUGCCAGUGGUUUGUCUCUUGCUUUGUGUGGCACUGCCCAUGACAACCAUCGUGCUUCGUGAACACUGUGUGGUCAUACAAAGCGAAAAUCCGUUGAAGCGAGAUAAGCCACCGUGAUUCGGGUGGUUCGCUACCUGUCACCAUUCCGACAAGGGUUCGUCGUCCAUGCUUCGCACCCCUUUCCCACUCGCACCUCCACCCUCUGUACACACACUCUUCGCCGCACUGUACAAGCCAUUGCCAGCAAAGCUGCUGACAACAGAGAGGCCGUGCUCUCGUUCACGGCGGUCUGGAUUCAUGCAUAGUAUACUGCAUUCAUCAUUUUCACCUACUUUCAGUGAUAGGCUAGCAAAGUGAAGCUAUAGAAUUCGUGAGACGAUUUAUUGUGAACGCCCGAACGACAGGAAGGGAGACUAGGCUCACUGGUGCUUGCCAACAUGUUGGGAUGAAUCUAUGUCAACGCCAAUGAAACAAUGCGGAAGCUAGUCAAACCACAGCCAUGACUGUUACCUUCAGGAGCACUUAAGACCGUGUUUCCCUUCUUAAUCUACGUCGGCGCUACAACCUACCGACUCCGUCAGAAAUUAUUGCAUUUUUGUGCUCUCGCGUCGCAUUUUUCAUUUAUUGUUGUUCUUUUUUGCUGCGUAUUUGUCAUCGGUCAGUGCAGCUGCUUUCGAAUUCGUUUUAGGAACACGACAUUGCAUCUCUCGUUUGCACAGGAGACAUUUUCGACAAUCUUUUGAUUCGAUGCCGUGAGUUUCGAUGCUGUUCGACACAAAGCUGGUGUAAUCGUGUCAUUUUAUACAUAGCUUACACCUAGCCACGAUAAGAGCACGACUUUUGUGUUUUCUUUAAUUUACCGCUUACGCCUCAGUAGAGACUUCGAAUGCACGGAAGGCUGUAACUGGAAGGACCAUUACUAGUGCCAGUACUAGUGGAGAAAGCACUGCCUUUACUGACAGUUUAGUCAGUUCCCUCCAAACUGGCUAAACGCAUCGACGCUGUCUACUAGUAAGCUGCUUCUUUCAAGUUAUGUUUCAGUUAAUCUAGUCGAGGCAACUAUAAAAUUUGUGACGUUGUUUUGUGGCUGACACACUACAACUUCGAGCACGUUGCUGUUAUCUUUCUAGGUAGAGACGUUUUUCGGUUUUUCGAAAGUCACUUGUAAUCAGGAAUACAUAUCGCGACAAAAUACUAUCGCUUAGGAAAUGGAAAGAUUACGACUGAAGUCCGCUGGAAUUUUUUUCAUCGACACUUUGUUCGGGUGUAUGUGUGUGUGCGUGUGUAUUCUAGUCGGUCUAAGAUUUACUGGCACGUUGUCGUAAGACUUUAGAUUGCUUUAUUGCCAUGUUUGAGCAACGUUGCAAGUUCCCUGCACCAUCACUAGUGUAUUUUGUCUCUGUGGAAAAUAAUUUCCACUUUCUUUUAAAUGUGGAUAGGAAGUUGAUACGGCCUGAUGACGAACUUCACUGUUUUGUUUGUUUUUUUUUUGGUUCUCAUAACUAUAUGACCUUUUCAAGCGGGAACGGAUAGGCUAUUGGCAUAAAGGCGCUUAGUGCUUUGAAAGUCUCUGCACCGUUUACUAAAAUAACGUUGCUGGUUUCCGGCCUUGCACUCAGAAUGCAUUCAACGAAGGCAGCAAAGCGCGCUUUCGCGACACUUACAGCAAGGAGUGGAUGUCGAAUCCGCGUUGCCGAACGCACUCUUCAAACCACUCCACUUCCAAAACCUAGAUGCCGGUAGAUGGCGGCAUACCGUGAAUAAAACGGGCAUCAGGCACGGGCACAUGUGUCGUGAUGGGGCACAUGGGAGACGUGUCUAUCCGGUAGGACCCGGAUGUCACAAUGGGUCGCAUGGAAGGAAACUUAGCUAUAGACGUCGAGUAGCUUGUCUUCCCUCUACGCUAUUGAAUUGGCCAUAAAACCCUCGAAACCAGUUACGCUCCUCCAAAAAUAUCUGCAAAAGUCAUGAUGGUGAAGCGCUAAAGAAACGGAGACUUACGAAGAACUUCGUAAGUCUCCGUUUCUUUUAGCGCUUCACCAUCAUGAAUGUAUACCAACACGCCCAACUGGCAGUUAUUCUAUAUAUAUCUGCAAAAGUGCGUCUAUUUGGAGCCUCACUGCUAGAGCGCUCUUCCACCAAGUCGGUGCCACGCGUUUAGAUCUACAGCAAGGCAGGUGGUUAUGCCUGGUACAGCGAAGUAUUUGCCUGGUUAUGUACAGCGAAAAAACUUGUCCCACACGCACUCAUUGUAUGUACCGGCUGAUUUAAUUAGAUAGGAUUAAAAAUGAUGCCAGGUGGCGCUGCUGUUGGGCGCUGCUUCACCCGAAAAUAUUGUGCACAAUUAAGAUUUACUGAAUCUGAAUUUUACGCAAUGUUCGUUUCGCGCGAUAUUUCAGUUUUUUCUUAGUGAGAAGAAAAAACUGGAAUAUCGCGCAGUACGUUUGACACGCUCCCUCUUGUCAGGAUAUUAUGCAAAUUAACACACGACAUAACAUCUGCCGAAAAACUGGCUGGGCGUGGCAAGUAAUACUACGUCUUGUUCUACCUUCGUUCCUCUUAAGUGGCCCUUAUGUAGAUGGGGCUGUAUGACGGAGGUUAACGAGUAAUUCUCGCUGAUGGCUUUCAUGCCCUACACGACGCACUGAAGGCUCCGUAAGCUGAUCGCCGCGCUGACGAAUCUCCUGACACCGCCACGCGAGGUCGUAAAGAGGGAACGAGAGUGCUUCACAUGCAACGUGGUCGUUACUUCAGAAACUCGCACAGUGUGUUUCGGGUGCUACCACAAAUUACCUGUAAAGACUAAUUAAUGCAGCACAUUAGCUUACGCCUACGGGAGCGCCUUCGAGCCCCAUCUUCACGGGCAUGGGUUGAGCCCAGAUAGAAUCACGCACGUCACCGAUUACGCGCCACCUCCUUUGCCGCUGCUGAAUGUAUUUUGAGGAACGUUAGUUGACGGAUAUAUUCCGCGAUGGUCACUGAAAGCAGCAUCUGCAAUGUAACCUUUCCCAAACACGAAGACCUGCGUCAAAAAAGAAAGAAUAAAGAGUUGCGUCGCAGCCAACAAAAGCAACAUACACAGUGGCUUCACAAAGAAGGCCGGCACGCAUUUGUUUAACCAUAAUACGGCCGUACGGGAAGCCGUGCACUUGAAAAAUAGUGAGCUUGGCCCACUUUGUUUUGCGAUUCUAUUUAUUGAUAUGAGUGCGUGGUGUAUGGUGCAUGGAACAUGUGACUGCGUGAGAUUACGAGUGUUGCAGUUCGCGCGUGGCUGUACAGUAUACUCUUAUUAUUUUUUUUAAUUCCCAGCUUUAUUUAAUAUUGCUUCAAUUUGAUAGGUUUUACAACGUGAGCUAAUGCUGAGACGCCGCCGUUUGCCAUCGAUGGCGUGCAAUUGAGUGUCUGGUGCUUCUCCGGUUUGAGGAAUGAGUGUAAUGUGCGCGGGUCCUACCGGUACAUUAUAUAGCUGUUUUCAGAGUUGUUUGUAAAGAAAAUUUAUAAGAAGCAUAAGAUGUUUGCGUAUUAUAACGCAUUCAAGCCCGUUCCCCAGGGACCGCAACAAAUGUACAGGACUCCGGCGAUAACAGCCGCCGUGUUGAACGCUAAGGCCGUGAAAGUGCGCUGCUCUGCGCCAGGUGCCAGAGGUCUCGUAGCUCAGCGACCGGUCUCGCGAUAAAAGAGGCACGCCCCGAAAGGUUUCACGUGCAUCUGCGCACUUGGUAGUCCAGGACACAGCACCGUGGUCAACUUAAGCGCCCAAGCGUGCCAGUCGAGGCCCCUGGUCGCAGGUGACGUGCCGAAGAGCAUACUGCUUCGUCAGCGAAGACGUACAGUCGGCGCUAGUGGCUCGCUUUGACUUCGCUCGAGACUCGACUUUUUACUCGUGCUGUUGUGGGCCGCGGAUGACGGGGACUGUGUGUCAUUGGACGAGUAGUGCGCGUGUGUCUGAGUGCCUGCGUGUCCCCUUUCCUUGUGAACCGAAAAAAAAAAAGACUUCGCUUCCACGUGCGUGAGAAAAGCUGCCGCGCCUGGGAGCAGCGCUUGAGGUCGUGAGGAGAAGACGUGCACACGCGUCAACGCGGUAUGCCUAAUAUAUAGAUACACAUAUACAUACGAAGCUCGCGCCGGCACUUCGCGAUGUUCGCUACUUUUUAUCUUGUAGUUGUUAACGUGUGCCCUAGAUGUCGUUCUCUUUACUUUUGUUUGGGAAUCGAAGAGUCUCAUUGCGCAUACGACGUGAAGUCGAUCACAUGGCAGCUGCACACAUUGUACCCAAUCUCGUUGUAAAAUAAUAAUAAUAAAUAUCGACGUUGUUCUAGCUAUUGUCGCCGUCCUCUUUCUUUUAAGUCGUGCCUAUAAUUUUUGUUGUGCAAAAAAUAAUAAUUGUUAACUUUUUCUUUUUUUCGCCUCGCUCAGGCACGCCGUUUCCCGUGUGUUUCAGAAUACAUGGCGCCCGUGAACCACAUGCGAUGUCGGCAAAUGCAAUUUCUUUCGAAAUAAGUGAAAUCCGCUCGGCACUGACUGAGGACACCGUAGCGCAGAUCGAGAGACGACGCGCAUCCUUUGUAGCGCAAGUGACACAAGGGAGGGGCAGGAACGACUACAACACCGAUUAAGUCUUUCGCGAGGCACUUCCCGCUGAAAAUUACCCGCUCAUCGCAACCCCCGCUGCCAAGAGGCAUAUUAAGUUUCACAUUCACCGCCACCUUCUUUCCUUUCUGGUCUUUUUUUUAUAUACAUGUCAAACAUUGAUGGCAUUACUAAAUAAAAUAUUUUUUUUUAAAAGCGCUAAUUGAACUGCACUGCUCUCUCUUCAUCCGCUCCUCAUUGUUCACUUGGACACUAUUUCGCCUUUGCCACAGCUCCCAUUCCGGAGCGUACUCCAUUCGGACGUGUCGCUGGCUGGCGCUGUGACCGCGAUGCAUAUUCUACGCUUCCGCUUCGACCACGCUUCACACAGUCGCACGCAGGGCUUUAGUCAACUUAUAUGUUCGUUUUAUAGCGCGUGGCUACGUAUUCUAGUCGCUUUAUACGCAUUCUUUUCAGCACAUCCAGUGUGCUUGAUCUGCUGAAAGAAUCCGAUAAGCCUUUUUUUUUUUAAUUUUCGUUUCCUCUUCAGUCACUGAUAUGCUCACUUUGAAACUAAGAUUGCUCGCCUGUUGCAGCCGCAGCAGUGCAGACAUCCGCCUUCGUUUCGCCUAAUCGCGUACACUACACUGCUUUCAAAUCAUGCCUUUGUUGGCGUCAUUGUGAUGGAAUCGUUUUACUUCUAUGCGCCUAACCAGACAUGGGUGUACAAUGAACUGGUGUAGCCACUGAAUCUCGACGUCAGGAAAGCCCUAAGCAUGUCACCAUGGGCGUCUUGCAUCAGCGUUGCAAAUGACGCUCAAAAACUAGCUAAGCGGUGAUUUCUUCUUUCUUUCCCCCCUAGUCACCUGCCUGAAAUGCCGCUCGGCUGCCGCACGCGUUAGUGAAAGUAUCAAAGUGCACGCCGAUAUCUAGUCACGUCUGGUCGCAUCGGAAUCAAAACCGCUAGGACAAAUCACACCACCACUCAUGAAUGCUCUCAGUUGAGCGUAUCGCAGAAUGAGUGUGUCUGGAGGUGCGCACAAUGCGAAUAAGAUGCGCACACCACUAGUUAGCGCGUAGUAAAGUUGCAGCGGUUCAAGAUUCCGUGAAACAUGGCUAAGAAGGAGGCGCAUGUCUGACUCGGGAGCACGUCUAAGAUUCGAGAAUGCCAUGGCCAAAACGUUGACCAGAUUGCAAAUGCUAGCAUGUCUGCGCAACUGCCACGCAAACGUAAAAAAAAUUCUCUGCACGUGUGCCUGGCGUCUUGAUUAGUGAAAUUUUGCAAAGAUAUGGCCCACGGCACUUACGGGCUGCCUGGUCUCUGAACUACCGCGUGCAGUCAAAUACAAUAUAUCGCUUGAAAUUGGAAUUGUACGUUUUAACGUCAUCCAACUAACUAAAUUUAUUCGAGCGUUGAUGGCUCUGUCCAAAUAGCUACCUCAUUUUCGGAGCUGCACAUUUAGACUAGUUUCGCAUUCAAGCCACAUCGCAGAAGCAUUUCAAGUGCGUUAAGGUCUAGGCUAAAAGCGCAGCUGUAGUAAUUCUUCGCGCGGCGCAUGUGGGCUCCCGUAAGCAGCAAGUCUCGAUAUAACAGAAAGAAAAAAAAUCAUCACUGCCGCAAGAAUCUCUGGUUUUGAGGUUUCGUCUUGAAAUCUCGCUAUACUUUGAGUUUCUCGAGCACUCCUAGAACAUUAUGGUCGAUGUAAGAACGCAAGAAUGGUGGCACUUGUUUGUUUUCAAGUUUCCGGUUCCCAGUUCAGUCACCUGGCCCAAGCAUUUUCUCUUAGCUGCUCGGCUCGCUUUUUAGAGUGUUAAAAUUGUGUCGCUGAUGAUGAUUGUACGCCUAGUAUGUGUGUGAUGCGUUGAUGAUUGCCUUGUUUUACCAUGUGUCGUUGAUGUGUUGUCCUAUUCGGGAGCCCCGUUCGGGCGAUGUUAUUCCCGAAGUGACCAUUGUAGCGAAAAAAAAAAAAAAAAAGCACGGAGAACAGCCUUCAGAGUGCAUCGUGGUGUAUUUGCCCAAGUAUACCUCAUGGCGAACUGAAAGAGCGUUCUCCGAGUCCGUGAAUCACAGUGCCACAUUUUUCGAGUCUCUGAGUGCCGCGCCGCGUGGCCUCUGUAGAACGCACCUGUACAUUUCGUUUUGUUUCCCUCGCGCCGUCUACCUCGAGAGUAUCUCUUGGUGCUGUAUAACUGAUGUGUCCUCUGCUGAAACGUCUGCUGCUCUGUGUUUUUCCUCCUUGCUUCCUCUUUUCCCCGCCAGUUGAUUUAUAGUUUUGCCCAUGCAUUGACUUGUUCGAUUGAGAUCGUCCACGUGUAAACUUUCCACAUACACGAUGUAGACAAAGAAGUGUGUUCGACAUUCAGUCAUCUACCCCUGGCAGGUGUCGCUGCUGUGACGCCGACCGAGCGCUUUGGAUUGUGUGUGUAAAAUACAGCAUACGUAAAAUCGCCACUGUCACGGUGGCGCCAAAAGCCUCAGAGAAGGUAUGUGACGUUGUGUUGAAGCUGUGUACAUGUGGCAACUCUAAUUUAAAUGAAUAAACGCUUCUAUUGUGCCCUGGC